AUUCUAACCCACCAAACCAAUUGUUAUGUACGCGUGAGAGAGGUAUAACAUAUAUAAGCUUUUAUUACGUUUGUAGUUCAUAUUUUGUCCAUAUCUGUCGCUGAAGUCGCAUACGUUGCGAGCGAAAUAUCAUGAGCAGAAAACAAAUUGAUAUAAGAACUAUUAAAAAGUACCUUUAAAUUAAUCAAUUAGAUCAUGAUGUUUCAAUUACGUCACAAAAAGGAUAUUUAAAAAUCAUUUAUUUAUUUAUUUUUAUCAUAUUAUUAAAACGCUUGUUAUUCUAAUAUGAUAAUAAUAUUAAAGAGGACUUAUAAAGAUAUAAAAAGAAAAAAUGAUGAAACAUUGUUUAAUUUGGUGCAAUUAAUUUAGUGUCAUUUGAGUAUAGGUUAAAUGCAGUAUGCAUUUGCGUUGCACAUUGUGCAAACGUUUGAGUAAUCCUUGUAAAAAAGUAAACAUAUAUGCAUAAACAAUCAUGUUUAAGAUCAUUCGACGUUGUUAUGUACUUAUCAAAAGUUUAAAUCUAAUGUAGUUUAUUAUAAAUUGUUACGUUUCAUCGAACAAUCUUUUUCUGAAUAAAAAUAUUUGAUAAAUAUUUUUUUUUAAAUGUAUUUCUUAUUUUUUGUUUAUUAAGAAUAACAAUAACACCAUUGUUCUUUAUUUCGUUCUGGUUAUAAAUUGUUUUUAAAGAAAAAUACAAUUUCUUAUAAUUAAGUAUGGAAAUCAACCCGUUAAGUAUAAUUCUUGUAAAAAGUGACAGCAAGGGUGACAGACUUCUAUUUCGAUAUCCACAUAUGAUGAGUCAUGUGCGUGAUUCAAAACAAUGCACAAAACGUAAAAAUCCGUAUUCCUUGACAACUACGGAAGAUUUAUUGCAGCAGUCUCUACCAUUUCCAACUUCUAACAUAAACAAUGGAAAUCUUACUGGCUUAAAGGAUGAAGUACUUUCAACAUUAUUUGCAGUUAAACCUGAAUUGUGUGAACAAAAAUUUGAAUUGAAAGUAAAUGAUGUUCGCUUCGUUGGACAUCCUACUUUAAUACCACAGCGUGUUUUUAAAGAAGUCAAUUCUUCUAUGCUCUUUAAUGUAGUGUUUGCUUUACAAGCUCAAGCAAGUCAUUCUGUAGUAAAAUGUUAUUAUGAUCUAAGCAGAAGAUUGGGCAUUGCAUUAAGGCACGAAGAAAAAAGAUGUGGUUUUUUGACAGAUGAAAUUAAGAUUAUGGUAUCAACUCAUGAUGAAAUUACUGCUAGAUCAGAGGGUGAAAGUGAUAGUGAUGAAUCUCCAUAUGAAUUGAUAUUGCAGAAAAGUUUACUUGCUCGUAAUUUAAAAACAGUUUUCAGUAGUAUUAGUACAUCUGGUAUAAUUAAUAUUAUGAUUAAUAAAUGGAUACAAGUGCGGUUUUGUCUUCCACAAAAAGUUCACCAAUCAUACAAGAAAGGUUUCUUCAUUAAUCCUGAGAUUAUUGAUAGAUGUUUAAACAGUUUAAGACCUUAUCAUGGACUGCUUUUGUUAAUUGAACCUUCAGACUUAUUAGAUUCAUUGCCAAUAGAUUCUUCUCCAGCAUUAAGACGUCUAAUUCAAAUGUAUAAUCCAUUAAAGAGUCUACAAACAUUAGCAGCUGAUUCAGAUCUAACACUGACACAAGUAUUCCAACUGACUGGACAUUUAGUUUAUUGGGCUAAAGCUAGAAUAAUUUAUCCACUUUGUGAAAGUAAUGUUUAUGUUGUAUCACCAGAUGCUAUUUUAUCUAAUCAAUUAUUGGAAGCAUUUUCUGAACAAUUUUCUGGACUUUGUCUUCUACAAGUUAUUAGUGAUUUUUCCUUGCCAACAUCAAUUAGUCAAAAAUUAAAUCCUUUAAGUCAACCUCAGCAACAAACACAAUUAGUAAAAGUCAUUAUAUGGUUGCUCAAAAAUCAUCUACUUUUGCAAUUGCAUACAUAUGUUCAAUACAUGCCAACAGUACAUGGUCUUGUAUUACUGGACUCAAAAGAGCAAGCAACUUUUGAUGUAAAUCAUAUUGAUGAAACUGAAAAUUCUUGGGAUUUUGAUGAAACUAAUAAAGGAAUAAUUACUGAUGUAAAAGAAGAGCUAUCUCAUACUUUACAUAAAAAAGAAGUGUUCUAUAAUUAUCCAUCAGAAAGUUAUGAUAUUCCAUCUGAUGACAGAAAGUUACUCGAUAAAUUGUGUCGGCUUGGAUAUUUUAAUGGUGGACAUCAUCUAGAAGAAAUAAUGUAUUUAGAAAAUAUUAGAAGAUCUCAAUUAUUGCAAAUAUUAGAUAAAUUUAGAGAUAUACUAAUAACACGUGAAUGUGAAGAUCCUGCAAUAGAUAUGUUUCAUACUCAGUUAGGAUCUUAGUCAUACUAUUUUACAUGAUAGUACAGUAAGAAUAAUUACAAUUAAACAGUAUUAAAUUCUUCUA